AUCCACGUGUCUUGAGUCCAUUUGCGCCCCCUAUAUUCUGCUACCAGCUCCUGGUAAAUCAAUACAGUACUGUGUUUCCAUGGUGUUCAUUGGGAAACCGAUGGCUGUUAACCUUUUAAAAGGUGGUUUAUUUUUUACACUCCGCCCAAGGACCACAAGCCAACAGCGAAUAAGAACGUGAGAGCCUUCUGAAUAAAAUGAACAAUAACAGAACAUCUGUCAGUUUUCUUCACUCCAGGCAUCACACCAGAUUAAACAGCCUGUCGGAAAAUAAUGGCAUUCGUUUAGUGUUAAGUGCGAGCGUGCAUUCGUGGGGCUUGAGGGCAAUUCCUCAGCUUCCUCUAAACUGCACUUCAUUCUCUGAGGAGGAAAGAGAUUCCUCCUAACACUAGUAUGCAAAAGGUAGAACAUUAAUGGUGCACUCCGACGUCGGUUUUCUCAGGUGUCAGUCUCACUACGUUCAAUAGAGCUGACUCGAGAGUCAGUUUAAUGCUCUAUGCAUGUUUAUACAGCAGCUAACCCGAAUAAGUUAAAUUGAACCAGGGCUUCCCAAACUCUCGUCUCUAGCUAUUUUUGGAUUACGGUUCCCAUCAUCCCUGACCACUGGUCCUGCUAGCUAGGGAUGAUGGGAGUUGUAGUUCAAAAAAACAGCUAGGGAGCAGAGUUUGGCAAAACCCAGGUUAAGUCUAUAUAGGAUUGAAACCUGACCCACUGUUUUGGGCUACUUCAUGCAAUGCAAACUGGCUAGAUUGGUUGUAAGUCGCUCUGAGUUGCCUUUGGUAAGAUAAAACGACUAAGAAAUGUAAUAAAAAAUAUUAUCUUUGGAACGGAAAGCACAACGCACGCUAGGAAAACGCUACUAUUCUACAGUAACAUAAUGAAACACCCUCCGUGCUUUAAAAUAUUGUGACCCCCAUUCUGGGACUAUUACAAAAGCUCUCUAAAAACGUGCCUUUAAAAAAGUCCCUUGAAGCUGCAAUUCUAGGCAUGCUCGCUGGAUUCAGGGCGACUUAAUCCGAACAAAUUUAUUUUGCAUUCGCACUCUGGAAAACUAAUCUUAACACUUACCCAGUAAAUUUUACUGGAGUUGCCUCUGAUUAGUCAUCUAUUAGGAUUGGCCCUCUGAAUCGGCUUUUAAUUUUCUUUUUAACCUUAGGCAAAGAGAGGCGGAGUAAGCUAAAUAGGGUAAAUAUCAUUUGCUGCCGGACUGCUUAAACUUCCGAGCUCUGCCAGCUCAUUUUGCGGGGCUGCUUGCUGAACGCGGUUAUUCUUAGGGUGUGAGAUGGGAGUGAAUAUGCCAUGAAUGAAGGGUUUGCCCGUAAGCAGCUGUUUCCGGAUAUUGCUUUUUUGCAGAGGAGGAACUUGAAUCUAUAACCCGAUGCAUUCUGGGCCCAAGCAAUGACGACGGGAGCGAAACGGUGCAUGCGUUUCGUCUGAAUCCCUCGCCUUCUUUACAGGCUGGAUUACAAGGAAACCCGCAUUUCAUCUUUAGCGGUGAGUGCGAUGUAAAAAUGUUCUUGAUCGGCUCCGUGCCUCUUUUAUGGGCUUAAAGGUAGAGAAGAAGCAAGAACUGUGUUGAUGAAGGCGGGCGCUUUAGAUUCCAAAUAAACUUCUGCGCUGGGACUGCAGAGCGUUUACAAAACAUGCCCUCGCUCCGGGUUGAGUAAUGCUUUAUUAUUAUGUAUAUAUGUUAAGUUUCAAUAAAGAUCUUUGAAAUUUUUAAAAACAAAAACCACUUUAUUAUUGCACAGUAAGAUUAUUCUUUGGAGAAACAUGCCCGGAUUUCGAGCAUAAAAAGAGUGGAUGGAAGAUAUGUUUAGCUGUGAAACUUAGUGCCCUUAUUGCGUUUCUUGAGUCCCUAACGUCAAUACGAAGCUUAUUUGCGUUAGGUUGUAAACCUUAUUUUUUAAAAUCUGCUUCUUACUUUUGGCUGAUUAACACUAUGGCUUUAUAAUUUUUUUUUUGUGGGAAGGAGGUUAUUGAUUUUCAGUUCUCAUUUUUUAUGUUGCGAACAGCCCCUAUGAUCUUUAGAGGAAGAGCAGUAUACAAAAUAAAUGAGAAAUAAAUAAAAUAAACAUAUCUAGGAUUGUUCUGUUGUUCCUAACUUCUAGAUAUGAGUGGGAUAUCUAGACAUUUUUUUAACAGACAGCUUUAUCAACUUUUGCUGAUCAGUGUGUUUUUUUUCUCUUUUUUAUUUUUUUAUUUUUUAAAAAAAAUAUUUAUUACUUUUCCAACAAUUUAAACACUACAAAAAAAUAAACAAUACAAUACAAAAACAAUACAUAACACUAACACAUUAAACUAACAAAACAAAACAAAAACAGUUUAAAACACAUCAAACAGUUUCAAUAUCUUAUCUUUCAUUCACUUAUUUCAAUGACCUCCUCACACCUCCCUUUUUGUAUUCCACUUCUGUUAAUUGUUUCAGCAAUUCCUUUCCAUCUUCCUCUGCUUUCUAUCCUUUAAUUAUCUUAACACAUUCUAACCUUAUUUUUCCCUUUAAUACUCUAUUAAUCUAUUUAUACUUAAUUCCUUAUAACAUUUCUACUAAAGCCAUAUAACUUCAUUCCAACAUUUUUCUAACAUUCAUUAAUUUUACAGUAUUUCUGUAAAUAGUCUUUAAACUUUUCCAGUCUUCUUCCACCGACUCUUCUCCCUGGUCUCGGAUUCUGCCAGUCAUUUCCGCCAAUUCCAUAUAGUCCAUCAACUUCAUCUGCCAUUCUUCCCAGGUGGGUAAAUCUUGUGUCUUCCAAUACUUCGCGAUGAGUAUUCUUGCUGCUGCUGUUGCAUACAUAAAAAAAGUUCUAUCCUUCUUUGACACCAAUUGGCCAGCCAUGCCCAGGAGAAAGGCCUCUGGUUUCUUCAGAAAGGUAUAUUUAAAUACCUUUUUCAUUUCGUUAUAGAUCAUCUCCCAGAAUGUCUUAAUCUUUGGGCAUGUCCACCAAAGGUGAAAGAAUGUACCUUCAGUCUCAUUACAUUUUCAACAUUUAUUGUCGGGCAAAUGAUAAAUUUUUGCAAGCUUGACUGGUGUCAUGUACCACCUAUAAAUCAGUUUCAUUAAAUUUUCUCUUAGGACAUUACAUGCCGUGAAUUUCAUACCUGUGGUCCAUAACUGUUCCCAGUCAGCCAUCAUUAUGUUAUGUCCAACAUCUUGUGCCCAUUUAAUCAUAGCUGAUUUCACCAUUUCAUCCUGAGUGUUCCAUUUGUGUGUUUUUUGUUUUCUCAUUAGGUUCAGCAAAUAGGAAAUAUGACUGAGUGGCAGAGGAAGACACCUUUGGAAUGGCUGACUUAUGUGAAUAAAGAAAUUGAAGUUCUGGCUGCUGAGAAACAGAAGUUUAAAGGAUGGGUUUUAACAGUUGAUCCUGUGUCUGCCAAGUAAGCAGGUGUUCAGUACACAUGGAAGUGUGAUACCCAGAGAGAGAUGUAUCAACAUUUAUUUUAUUUUCAAAACCAUGAAUCAGAACAAGAAUUGGGAGGGGAAGGGGGAAGCACAACCAGAUCUGUAAACUAUCUGUAAAUUUUACUUUCUACUCAGCAUGCGAUUCGCCUGUUGCUGCUGCUGCUAUGACAAAUGUCUGAUGUUGUCUGGUUACACACUUCAGAAUUUCUAUUCACACCAACAACUAGAAAUAAAUUGCCCAGCAAUUUAUUCUUUUCACUGAUAUUCUCAUAAAUAGGACAGCUGAACAAGUAGAAGGGGAAAAUGUUUGAGAUAGCAUCAGAUGAGUUUUCUACACUGGUAAAAUUGAGGCAGUAUGAUCAGGUCACUGAUCAUCAAUGUUAAGGUUUAGUAGUCGUAUUCCACAGUUGCCUAAGAAUGUGGGAGCUUUGAUUUUUGUUUUCAUUCUUAUGUUUGCACUUUUUUGUAUGUUUGUUAACAAAUCAUUAACUUUUUUGAAAAGAUGUGGGAAGCAACUCACUCUAUAUGCCUUUAAACAAUUUUCUUUCAUAAUAGUUCUAGUUAAUAUUAGCCAUUUUAAAAUGGAGCAUGGUCUAAAAAAUGUGAGGGAUGGGUGAGGUUAAAAGAUUUGGGGUUGGUUUAUAAGACCAAAUGCAUCCUCAGUAGAUUGGUUUUAUGUACAGUACUUGCCACUUCACUUUCAUGAGAUACUUCAUUAGCUUGAGAUUUUGUAUAUACCACAGAAGGGUAAAAGUUUAGCAACUAGGAAUUGCUGUGAUGCACCAACUGAAACUUCUGUUCUUCCAAAAAGAAAUGAUUUUAGUAUUUCUGCAUCCCAUACUUACUAUAAGGGCUGAGUUGUACCUCUCGAUUUUCAGUGGCUGAAUACAUGGAUGCUAUUGAACUAAAUGCCACUGGUUUGGGAGGGUGUUACUUUGAGGGAACGCAUUUCUUUGUAUAGAUUUGUAUUUUAGUGCUUGAAAAAUGUGCAACAGUGGGGGAAAGUCCUUUGAACAAUGACACUUGGCACGCAUUGCUUUUUGUACAGUAGGCACUGGCUAGCCACAUAGUGGCUGAAAUAUUUUUAAGGAUUAUGUAUGUAGGUAAUAACAUUUUCAGACAAUGACUGCUGGUAACGAUAGCUAAUGUUGGCACAACAACUUGCACUCUUAGUUUUUGUUGGUGUGAUGUAAUGGGAUCAGCCUGGGAUGCUAUUGCAAUUCCACACAUUUGUAAUUUUUCACUGUGGGGGCAGACGGCUGCUGCAUCCUGAUCUGAAUGCUUCAUGAUGCAGGUGCUUGUGGGACUGAGACAUUGGGGCGUGUGUGUUUUGACGAGAUAAAGUUGAGUAUAAAUUUGAUAGCAUUUAGCAUGUGAGAUUUCUGUAGGUCUUUCCACCCAAGUUGCAAAACUUUAUGUGAACUCCUUUUCUUGACAGCAUUCUUCUGGCAAAUCCCCUUGAGAAUGGAAAAGUGUCUGUUUCAGGCAUCUUGGGGCAUGCAGUGCAAGAGGUGAAGAUAUUGUCCGAAGCAUCUGAUGCUAUGAAGGAGAAACUUGCCCACCUAUUCAUGCCUGGAGAAAGCCAAACCUACAGUCAAGAGGAGCUGGAGGACAAGAAAAGCAGCUUGAAGAACUGGUUGGAGAAAAACCAUAUUCCUGUAAGGGAGCAAGGAGAGUCACAAACAACACUCUGUGUUGCAGGGGUGUUGACUAUAGACCCACCAUAUGGACCAGAGGAUUGCAAUAGUUCCAAUGAAAUAAUUUUGUCUCGAGUUCAAGGAUUGAUACAAAGUUAUCUUGGCCUUCAGCAAUGACAGAGUUGAAGAAUUGGGAUGAAGUUACCUACUUGCAAAACCUAUGCUUCCCCAACCUGAUGCCUUCUACAUGGACUACAAAACUCACAUUGCCUGGGGAUUGAUGUGAGUUGUAGUCCAAAUAUUUAGAGGGCUUCUAGUUAUAUCGGGAGGCUGAUCUAUAAAAUACCUGUUGAAUUUCUCCUCAAUUUAGGCAUUUUGUGUUCCUAAGUGCUAUCAGAAAGUCACAAUCAAAAUAGAAUGGUUUUUCUGGAUUUGUUUUGUGAAGAAAUGGCAAAUGUAACAAAUCUGUACUAUAUAUAUAUUUAUAUGAAAAUAA